AUGGCUACCGAGUGCCGUGUAGUGACGGGAGGAUCGUAUGAUGUUGAUGUUUCAUUAGAAGCUCCUAACUCAGAAGUUAUUUACCGGCAGUUGAAGGCACAAUUUGAUUCUCACACAUUUGUAGCCCCUCAGACGGGAGAAUACGCUGCCUGUUUCAGCAAUCAGUUUUCCACUUUUUCACACAAGCUAGUCUAUAUGGACUUCCAAGUCGGAGAUGAACCCCUCCUGCCUGGCCUGGGAGAACAUUCAACCGUCAUGACUCAGAUGGAGUCAUCUGCUGAAAAGGUGCACAAGUCAUUAGUUACCGUCGCUGACUACCAAACUCAUCACAAGCUGCGUGAAGCACAAGGAAGAAAACGUGCUGAAGAUCUCAACGAACGAGUGUUUUGGUGGUCCCUGCUAGAGACGAUAGUAAUUCUUACCGUCGGUUUCGGCCAAGUCUGCAUCCUUAAAAACUUUUUCUCUGAGAAGAGACCUGUCCAGUACACAAGAAUUUCGUAG